UCUGUCGCUUCUGCCGUCCUGGCUUCCGUCGCCUCCGUCUACGGUCACUACACCUUUGACCAGCUUGUUGUCAACGAUGCCCUCGAGGGCAGCGCCAACACCUACAUUCGCAAGCACCAGAACAGUUACAUGCCCACCAAGUUCAAGAACCCUCCUUCCGGCUCCAUCACUCCUCUCGAUGCCGACUUCUCUUGCAACAAGGGAGCGGUCCCUGCUGCGCAGGUCUUCAAGGUCAAGGCUGGCGACAAGGUUGGCCUGAAGAUGGCCUACGGUGGCACCGGCAUGGAGCACCCCGGACCUUCCCAGGUCUAUGUCAGCCCCGUCUCCGAUGCUGCCAGCAGUGAUGGCAGCGGUGACUGGUACAAGAUCCACCAGACUCUGAUCUGCAAGGCUGGAAACGCCGAGUCCCUGCGCACUGAUGCUUGGUGCACCUGGAAGGAGGACCAAGUCUGGUUCAACGUGCCUUCAUCCAUCCCCGAUGGCCAGUACCUCGUCCGUGGCGAGCACAUUGGUCUCCAUGGCGCUCACAACGGCGAGGCCGAGUUCUACUAUGCCUGUGCUCAGAUUGAGGUCGCUGGCAACACCGCCACCAGCAUUCCCGGCCAGAGCGUCAAGAUUCCUGGUGUCUACAAGGAGUCCGACGAGGCUGUCAACUUCAGCCUCUGGGGAUCUUCCACCUCCUACCCCGUCGCCCCUGGCCCUGAUGUCAUUCCUGGUGGCACUAUCCGUGGUACUGCUGAUGGUGCCACUGGCGAUGUUACUGAGACUGUUGCCGGUGGCGAGUCGGACUCU